UGGCGACGUCAUUUCCUGAAAGAGAGACACAAGAAAGCCCUCCUACAUCUUUUGGGGGAGAAGGAGCUUCCAAUUGUUUGUCCUGUGGCCGAGCGGAGCGCCGAGGUGGAGCUGAGCGGUGAACAUGGGCUCCUCGGAGCGCAGCGCUGCUUUCUGAUGUUUGUGCGAGGACAGAGGCACUGAGAGAGCAUUAACCACAGGUCCUCGGCCAUGCUGAGUUUUCUCCGGCGCACUCUGGGCCGGCGCUCUGCCCGUAAGGCCGCGGAGAGAGCACGGCUGAGGGAGGCGCAGAGGGCCAACACGCACAUCCCGGCAGCUGGAGACACCAAAAACAUCAUCACCUGCAGAGUGUCUCUGCUGGACGGGACGGACGUCAGUGUGGACUUACCGAAAAAAGCCAAAGGCGAGGAGCUGUUUGACCAGAUCAUGUAUCACCUGGACAUCGUGGAGAAGGAUUACUUUGGCUUGCGCUUCAUGGACUCAGCACAAGUGCCGCACUGGCUGGACGUCACGAAAAGCAUUAAAAAACAAGUGAAAAUCGGACCUCCGUAUUGCCUCCACAUGCGUGUUAAGUUCUACUCUUCAGAGCCCAACAACCUGCACGAGGAGUUAACAAGAUACCUUUUUGUACUACAGCUGAAGCAGGACGUCCUGAGUGGCAAGUUGGAAUGCCCGUUUGAUGUAGCAGUGGAGCUGGCAGCUUUCUCUCUGCAGGCUGAACUGGGCGACUGUGACCCUGCGGAGCACAGCCUUGACCUGGUGUCGGAGUUCCGCUUCGUGCCGGAGCAGACGGAGGAGAUGGAGGUGGCCAUCUACAACGGCUGGAAGGAGUGCAGGGGCCAGUCUCCUGCGCAAGCUGAGAUAAACUACCUGAACAAAGCCAAGUGGCUGGAGAUGUAUGGAGUGGACAUGCAUAUGGUCAAGGCCCGGGACGGAAAUGAGUACAGUUUAGGACUGACCCCCACUGGAGUGCUCGUGUUUGAGGGGGAAACCAAGAUCGGCCUGUUUUUCUGGCCGAAGAUCACCCGACUGGACUUCAAGAAGAAUAAGCUGACCCUGGUGGUGGUGGAGGAUGACGAACAGGGGAAAGAGCAGGAGCACACGUUUGUUUUCCGCCUGGACCACCCGAAGGCCUGUAAGCACCUGUGGAAAUGUGCCGUGGAGCACCAUGCCUUCUUCCGGCUGCGCGGCCCCGUCCAGAAGGGCUCCGCCCGCUCCGGAUUCAUCCGCAUGGGCUCCCGCUUCAGAUACAGUGGAAAGACAGAGUACCAGACCACGAAGGCUAACAAAGCUCGGCGGUCGACUUCGUUCGAGAGGCGGCCCAGUCGCCGCUACUCCAGGAGGACCAUGCAGAACAGAGGUCCCCCCAAAUCCUCAGAGACACAUAAUAACGGAGUAAGUCCCAGCAAAGAGACUAAGCCUUCCCACUCUCGGCCUCCGUGGUCUGCGGUGCCCGUCAGCAGCCCGCCCUCAGCCCAGAGCUCUGUGGAAAUCGAAACUCUCCCCAGGAGCCCCGGCGGCAGCCAAUCAGAGAAGAGAAGCAUGCCCAUUGUGGCCAGCCUGCUUGAAACGUGUGUGGAUGAGGUCAUCCGGGUUCCUGUUCCCAUCGCAACAGCAGGCCUGGCAGAGGAGUCGUGCCUCGGUGCUGCUCACUCUACACCGAGCGUGGUUAAUGAGGAGGGUCUGUCACUCACAGAAGCUGCAGCUCGGCUGAAGCAGCUGGAGAUCGAGAGCACGUCGGUGUCUGCUGCCCGCUCCAACGUCAACCUCAAUAUGAACAACCAGGAUGAUGUGUUGAAGCUUACAGACAAGUCUCUGAGCAGUGUGAGCAGCAGUCCUGCCCUGAGCCAGCUGACCGCGCCAGAUGAGCUCAAGAGCAACAUCCUGAAAGCCCAGGCAGAGGCUGUACUCAGGGGUGUGAAAGAGGAGACCGGAGUGGCUGGGGAGAAGAACUGUAACCUGCAGGAAUCGGCAGCCAGGCUGAAGGGUCGUGGUGGGAGGAUGGGCAGCACCUCCUCUCUGACGGUGAGCGGCCGUACGGAGCCCUGGGAGGCGCUAAAGCAGCCCUGCCUGCAGCCGUCCAGCAGCCUUGAAGUGAAAGCGGAUGAGUUCAUCUCCUCUGUGGUCAGUCUGCCAGCAGAGCCAGUGAAUGAAGCUCACUCAGCCAAGGGCAAAGCGGAGGAGCAGGAGGCAUGUGCAGCCCCCCUGCUUGAUAACCUGAUAGACUUCACAGAUCCUACCCCAGUACUCCCGCAGGUGCAGCCGACCAAGCCCAUCAUCACCCCUCGGUGGAUCGUUCCAGCAGCCCCGCAGAGCGGCACCUUUACUAACGGCCUCCUAGAGCUUGACUCGGCAGCAAAGAUGCCACCUCACCAUCCUGAAGGGGGCGCUCUUGCCUCCCUCCCUCAUCUCUCUCACACUCAUAAUGUGAUUGCCACCAGCGUUGUGGCUCACCAACCCAAGGAGGACGGCCACAAACUCAAGGGUCUGCUGACCACUGAGCUCUGAGAACCGCGAGUUCAGAGUCUCUCUGACCGCCAGCCGAACACUUAGGGCCAUCACACCUUUCCACUUUGCUACAUUCCAGCUUACGGCAUUCCAGCCUACUCUGGGUUUAAAGCACAGAGAGACGUUAAGGACUGUGUUCAGUAGACUUGAUGUUACCAGCUGGACUCUGGGACACGGCGGAUCCACCUUCAGCACAAAUCGGCUUCUGAUGGGGCCCUCCAGCUCUGAGACCUCAAGAGCGGACUUUGAUUUUAUGAUGAUUCAGGAUUUCUGCAGCUGUUCUGGGGUCGGCGUUUGCAAGGCCGCCAUUUGGCCGUUGAAGGAACUUCUGUUCGGACAGCUGUGGUGCUGCUCUGCCACCUGCUGUUCUCACGCGCCACGUUAGUUAGAUCACUGUGAAAGAGCAACCUGCUGGACCACUACAGAUCACCAACACUGGAGACGGUUAUUUAUAGACCUGUGUAGACCUUCCUACAGACUUUUUACCUUUUUAUCUUCUUUGGUUUUCUAUUAGCUUAUUAAAUAGUGAUCAGUAUUAAGCUUUUUAAGUACAGUAUCUCAUACUGGAUUUUUGUUAGAGGACGACGUUAUUAUGUAGCACUGGAACGACAUGCAGUCUUUGAGCGAUUGAGCCAAUUUUGUUCGUGUUUUAAUUUUUUUUUAAAUUCAAAAUAUCCAUGUUUUUAUCGUCGUCAGAGCUGUAGCUGCAUUACGACCUGCCUUACUUUAACAGUUCGUCACAGAUUUUAAAGAUAUUGCUUGUUUUAAGGCUGUAGAAUCCACUACAGUGUGUUGUUUUUGCUGCGUUCAACUGGAAUUUAUUCACUGGAUUUUUCGUAGUGGUGCAUAAUGAUAAUCGUCACAUAGUCUUGACACUGAGAACUGACCACUGAUGGACACAACACAAGAGCAGGCCUGAAACUGUUAUGGCUACGUUGCAAUGCAGGUUGGCUGAAUUUCAUGAAUUUCGCCUGCCCUGUGUCUCGUUUUGUCCGCAGGUACCUCCACAGUCACACAAGCUUUUGAAUAAAACUUUACUGUAUUCUCUGCUAGA